UGAGGGACCCGAGAUGUCUGUUGACAGCGGCGGAGGCUGUGUGGCCGGUUCCGGACUCCGCGCAGGGCGGGGGAUGUGAGUCCUAUGGAGCUACCAGUGGAAGACGAGCCGCAGCUACCGCAGGAGCCCUGGGGGAGGCUCCUUCGUCUAGGCGCGGAGGAGGACGAACCGCAAAUCCUUCUGUGGAAACGCGAGUGGACCAUCGGAAGGAGGAGAGGCUGUGACCUCUCUUUUCCCAGCAAUAAACUGGUCUCUGGAGACCACUGUAAACUUACAGUGGAUAAAAAAUCUGGUCAGGUGACAUUGGAAGAUACCAGCACCAAUGGAACAGUGAUCAACAAGCUGCAAGUUGUUAAGAAGCAGACUUACCCUUUGCAGAGUGGGGAUGUCAUCUAUUUGGUAUACAGGAAGAAUGAACCAGAACACAAUGUGGCAUACCUCUAUGAAUCUUUAAAUGAAAAACAAAGCUUGCCUCAAGAAUCCUUUGAAGCCAAUAAAGAAAAUAUGUUCCAUGUGACCAAAGAUUCCUCAGGUCUGGGGCAGGGUGAUGACCUCCAGGUUCCACCAUUGUCACCCAUGGCUGAAACAUGCUUAGAGGAACCACAGCCAUCAACAUCGACAUCAGACCUCUUCCCCUUGGCCUCUACCUCUUCUGUGGAGUCAGAGCUGACCUCUGCAGGGCAAAAACAUUCCUCUAGCUCUGGACUUGGGAAAGCAGGCAUCUCCCCAAAAGAAUGUAGUCCACUUGUUGCAAAUCAUGAACUCUCUAGCCUUUCUCCAGUUCUCCAAGACAAAGAAGCAUCCUUCUCUUUGUUGGAAACUGAAGACAAUGAGGAAUUGGAGCCUGCCAAAAAAAAGACAAAAGGAGAUGAAGAGAUUGACUUGAACCUGCAGUUAUUGGUUGCAGACCAGUGUGGAAAUGCCCAAACCUCAUGUGAGGAUGUCAGAGUUGCCUCUGUGAAGCCAGACAAGAUGGAGGAGACACUAACAUGCAUCAUCUGUCAAGAUCUUCUGCAUGACUGUGUGAGUUUGCAGCCUUGUAUGCACACAUUUUGUGCGGCUUGCUACUCUGGCUGGAUGGAGCGUUCAUCUCUGUGCCCUACCUGCCGAUGUCCAGUGGAGCGCAUCUGCAAAAACCACAUCCUGAACAACCUCGUGGAAGCAUACCUUAUCCAGCACCCAGAUAAGAGUCGCAGUGAAGAAGAUGUGAGGAGUAUGGAUGCAAGGAAUAAAAUCACUCAAGAUAUGCUGCAGCCCAAAGUCAGGAGGUCUUUCUCUGAUGAAGAGGGGAGUUCAGAGGACCUGCUAGAGCUAUCAGAUGUUGAUAGUGAAUCCUCAGACAUCAGUCAGCCAUAUAUUGUAUGCCGACAGUGUCCUGAAUACAGAAAGCAAGCAGUGCAGUUUCUUCCUUGCCCAGUCCCAGAUAGCGAGCUGGGAGCUACACAGGCCCUUGGUGGGGAAGCACCAUCAACCUCUGCCAGCUUACCAACAGCAGCCCAGGAUUAUAUGUGCCCUCUUCAAGGAAGCCACGCCAUUUGCACCUGCUGCUUCCAGCCUAUGCCUGACCGAAGAGCUGAACGUGAGCAGGAUUCCCGUGUUGCCCCUCAGCAGUGUGCAGUAUGCCUGCAACCCUUCUGCCAUUUGUAUUGGGGCUGCACCCGGACUGGCUGCUUUGGCUGCUUGGCCCCUUUCUGUGAGCUCAACCUGGGGGACAAGUGCUUGGAUGGGGUGCUGAACAACAACAACUAUGAGUCGGACAUCCUAAAGAAUUACCUGGCAACCAGAGGUCUGACUUGGAAAAAUAUGUUGGCAGAGAGUCUCCUGGCUCUACAGCGGGGCGUAUUUCUCUUAUCUGAUUACAGAAUCACUGGAAAUACUGUGUUGUGUUACUGCUGUGGUCUGCGUAGCUUCCGAGAGCUCACCUACCAGUAUCGGCAGAACAUUCCUGCUUCUGAGUUGCCAGUGACUGUAACAUCCCGUCCUGAUUGCUACUGGGGCCGGAACUGUCGCACUCAAGUGAAGGCUCACCAUGCAAUGAAAUUCAACCACAUCUGUGAACAGACAAGGUUCAAGAAUUGAGCAUUGGAAGAUACACAUAAAGCAGUUACAGAGCACAGGAGGCAACAAAACUAUGUUUUUUUUUUUAAAAAAAAUAUCAUAUACAAAUACUUUAAGGGCAUUUUUAAGAGUUCUCCUUUUACAGUUCCAGCACUGGAGUUUCUGGUCAGGCACUCCGGUGUAUAUGGCUUUUCCCUUCAGUGACAUACACAACACAUGCACACCAUAUGCCCCAGUAAUGUAAGAGGCCUACACACACACACACACACACACACACACACACACACACACACCAUAUGUGUGCACAUGUGCCCAUACACAUUCAAAGACCAUUUUUUCCUAGUAACUUGGGAAGCCUACUGGCCACACUGACUUCCUAGUCAGUACAGGAAAAUCAGCAGACCAAGAGAGAGCUCCCACUAGAUGGCUCUCCCCUCGUGUGUGGUGAGGCGGUGACAGUGCAGGUUUAUACUUUUGUAUCUUUUAUAUCUUAUACCUUGACUACAGCUAAAAUUUAAAAGUUUCAUGGGAAAAAGGGUCAGCUAUGUCAGAAGCAUUCUAUGUAAGGAAAGGAAGCAUAAGUUUACAGCCUCCAGGGAUGUAUAGGAUAGUCUGUCUGGAAAGCCGCAUGGCCUUUUCUAUAUUUUUUAUUUCAAUAGGUUUGGUGCUUAUCUUCUAGUAAGAAUUAAAUAUUAAAAACUGUAGCACAAAUAUUAUAAUUUACAAAUUGACUGAAAUUGGGAAUAGUCUGAUAUUUGAAAGAAUGAGCAUAUGUUCCUGUAUUUAAAAAAAAAAAAAAAAAAACAUUAAGUGUCCAAAACUGCUCAUCCUGAGGAAGACUUCUUGAGUAUCCAGGUCCUUGAUAGGGUGGCAGGUGAAGCCUCUGCCCUUAGCCCUCCAGUCCCUGAGAACAGCCCCCUCUGAAACCCUAGAUGGCUCCAUACUGAUAGAACCUCUGCUUUCCAAGCCCUGUGCUUGGGCACUAGGUUUGUCAUGUCAUCUAGAAUAAUACUUGAAAUUUUGUUUUUCAGUUUUUUUAAAGUUUUUUUUAAUCUUUUAUUGAAAUCACCUGUUAUGUUUGUUUGCAAUCUGCUAACUUUUUGCUUCUCAGGAAUACAAUUUUCAACUGUUGUCUUGCUCUUGAUACAGACUGAGAGGCAGCACUCUGUAUUUGUGGGAGGUUCUCUUUUUUUUGAUUCUAAUAAAUGAGUUGUGUU